UUCAUUUUCAUACUCUUCUUGAAACUUACUGAACAUCAUGUCUUACUUUGGUUGUGGAGCUAGGCAAACUUCUUCCUCUCGCAGUAGUGGGGCACCUCUUAAACUUUCUAGCUGUGGUAUAUAUGGGUCAGGUGGAGGAUCCAGCACAGGAAGCUUUAGUAGUGGGAUAGUUUGGGGCUCUAGAUCAGGAUGGGGUAAAACUGGUGGUGGUGGUGGCACUGGUAGUUGCUUCCAUAUCUACAACUCUAGUCCUGCUGGUGGUGAUGUUGGUCUUCUAGCUGGAGGAGACAAAGAAAUCAUGCAGAAUUUAAAUGACCGCUUGGCUUCCUACCUGGCUAAAGUGCAUGCUUUGGAAGAGGCUAAUGGUGAUCUUGAGCAAAAAAUCAGAAAUUGGUAUCAGAAAUCUGCAACACACAUUAAUGAAGGACUCUAUAAUGACGGCAAAUAUAAUUCUUCUAUUGGUGACCUUCGAAAUAAGAUCAUCGCAGCAAGUAUUCGGAAUGCCAGCAUGAUUCUGCAGAUAGAUAAUGCCAGACUAGCUGCGGAUGAUUUCAGAAUGAAAUAUGAAAAUGAGCUGUUCUUCCACCAGAAUGUGGAAGCAGACAUCAACGGUCUUAAAAAAGUACUGGAUGAAUUGAGUAUGUCUAAGAGUGACUUGGAAAUACAGAUUGAAAGCCUCAUUGAAGAGCUGGCUUUCCUCAAAAAGAACCAUGAAGAGGAAAUGAAGAAUUGGCAAGGCACAGUUGCUGGAGACAUAAAUGUUGAAAUAAAUGCACCACCAGGAAUGGACCUGACUGUAGUUCUGAACAAGAUGAGAACAGAGUAUGAAGCUUUGGCAGAGCAGAAUCGCAAAGAUGCUGAAACUUGGUUCGUUGAAAAGAGUAAAGAAUUAAAUAUGACAAUCAACGUGAGUGCCAAAGAAACCACCACUAACAAAAAAGAAAUUGCAGACCUGAGACAUACCCUCCAGAGUUUGGAGAUUGACCUGAAAACCCAGCUUUCUUUGAGGCAAUCCCUUGAAAGCACCCUUGCAGAGACAGAAGGCCAAUAUUGUGCCCAACUCUUGCAAAUACAAGGGAUGAUUAGCAAUGUGGAGAACCAAGUACAACAAAUCAGAGAAGACAUGGCGUGUCAGAAUGCAGAUUACAGGCAUCUCCUGGACAUCAAGAUCCGCCUUGAGAAUGAAAUUGAAACUUAUCAACGCCUAAUUGAUGGAGAAGCAUUAGGACAAGGAAUGAAGGAACUAUCAGGCAAAAAAGGGUAUAUAUCACAAUUCAAUUUUGUCAUAAAUUAGUGAUAAUCUUGGAAACUUUAGCCAAACAAGCUUAGAAUUCCUAGAUUGGAAAUAUCCACAGAAUAACUGAUUCACAAACCAACAUAAACAAGCAAACUAAAUGAGUGUAACAACUCUGACUAUGGAUUGA